AUGUCCCAACCAACCCUCUACGAAAUUCUCUCCCUCUCCCCCAACUCCGACCUAACCCCCGCCGUCAUCAAACAAGCCUACCGCCGCGCCCUUCUCACCCACCACCCGGACAAGUCCACUCAACACCAACAUCAACACGCCCACAAGACCUCGUUACAACCCAACUCUGGUACCGGUACCGGACCCAAGCCUCUCUACACCAUAGACCAAAUCUCCCACGCCUACACCACCCUCUCCUCCCCCAGUCUCAGAACCCAAUACGACGCCUCGCUCCGUGCUUCUCGCAAUCACCCGAGCCUCGGCAAAAGUGGUACUGCAGUGGACGAAGAUUUCCAAACGGGAAUCGACACCAUAGACCUAGACGACUUGGACUCCGUUGAAGAUAAUGGGAAAGAUACGUGGUACCGCUCCUGCCGAUGCGGAAACGAGCGGGGAUUUGCUCUCACGGAAGAAGAUCUUGAGGAGAAUGCGGAUUUGGGAGAGGUGUUGGUUCAAUGCGCUGAUUGCACCAUUUGGUUGAGGGUUUGUUAUGUUGUUGCUGAGGAUGAUGAUGAUGAUCAUGAUGGGGUGAACCAAGAGAAGAGGUAG